AAUUACAAAAUGGCAGCCAAAGCACCAGACUAUCAACCAGGGAAGAGGUAUGGACACUCCACUGUACGGGUAGGAGACUACCUGUACAUGUGGGGAGGGGAGCAGCCUAAUCUCCCUAGAGUACAUAAUAAUGAAAAGAAGAAAUCAAUGUGUUCUGUGAUGGAGGUGUGUCACCUAAGGACUGGUAGGUGGGAGCAGAAACCCACCACUGGUAACCCUCCACUGGGUGUUAUUGGCUAUGCAGCUGCUACCAUUGGAAGGGAAAUAUUUUAUUUUGGAGGUUGGUGUGGUCAGCCUUACUGUAAUCAUGAUAGUUUGUACAGGUAAACAUGAUAGCUUAUGAUAAGUAUUAUCCAUAUAG